AUGCAGAGCAAGCUAGUUACCAAACAUCCGUCGCUUAAGCUUCUGUCACAUAAGCAGAUAAAGACGACGUUUUACCUCAAAACUCAGACACCGUACGUCUCUGCGUUGAAGCGAAUCAAUAAACUAAUGAGCCAGCUGCAGCGCCACGGUUCAAAGUACGUAACCGUUCUGGGCAUGGGAAAAGCAAGCGAGAAAACUUUGGCUGUUGCUUGCUACUUCCAAGAAGAGAAAGGCAAGAAGGUUGAAGUGCUGACGCAAAGUAUAGACGUUCUCGAUGAGAUUGUUAAAAGCGAUCCAGUGACAGAGGAUAUAGACGAACAGGAUGAUGGCACCCAAGAUGGUGACCGAGAGGUUGAGCUGCAAAAACGUACUAUUAGCGGUGUGGAAGUGCGAAUAUAUGCUUAG